UGUAUGUGGAAAUUUCCGUACGUGCUUGAAAUUUCUUAUUUAAGGAUACGGCUUUUUAGUAUAAUGUUUAUUAGCUGUUGAUUAUGGGAAAUGGGAAAUUUUGGAAAUUGCUAAAGUUUGCUGUUAGUAGAAAUCUAAGCAUACCUCUGUCCGCAGGGUCAAAAAAACAUUGAAAUUUAAUUUUUCAGAUACUUCUGGAAAACGUUUGGGGGGGGGCGAGGAGAUCGAGGGUGGGGAACUUGAAUCUGAGGUUAGUUUAUUAAAACUAACUAGUUAAUAAUCAGUUAAUAAUUAGUAUUAUUAUAUGUUCGAGUAAAGUUUCACCGAAGGGUAAUCGAGUGUGGAGAAUCCGAAUCUGAGGUUACUUUUAGUUAACAAUCAAUUAAUAAUUAGUUAAUAAUCAGUUAAUAAUUGAAUUUAUUAAUUUAAAAAAAAAGUUUGACCGAAGGGUAAUCGAGUGCCAUGAAUUCGAAUGUGAGGUUAGUUUUAGUUAAAAAUCAAUUAAUAAUUAAUUAAUAUUAUUAAUCUUAAAGAUAGUUCGAAGAAAGUUUUACCGGAGGGUAAUUCGAGAAUCGAUUUUUUAGAAAAGGUAUUUUUGGGGCAUUUCGAUGCGGAGACUUCGAAUCUGAUGUUAGUUUAUAAAAUAAUUUUAUGGAUCACUUUUUUAGAGAGAGAACCAAUUUUUAUAAAAAAAAAAUUUCAUAAGGGGUGACCGAAGGGUAAGUGGGGUGGAAGAACACAAAUCUGGUGUUAAUUUUUCCAAACUGUAUAAGCAAAAAGUUUAGUAUUGUAGAAUACGAUUUCUACGAGAAAGAGCUGAGCGAGCCGGCAGACGAGCGUUACUUGUAAAAUAAUGAGCAAAAAUGUAAACUCAGCAAUUCUACAUAUUUUAUAUAGCUAUCAAUUUUUAAAAAUAUCGCUCAAUACACAUACUAAUUGAACCAUUAUUAACAGAUUUAACAUCAUCAAUUCAUUCUAGGCCGUACAUUUUGAGUGUUUAUGGUAUUGAUAAUAAGCAUUCUGCAUAUGAUACUAUACGUAGAUGGAUUUAUAUUUGCAAUCAAUGCAAAGAACGUAAUAUCAAUCUAGUUGGUUUUUCAAUUGAUUGUGCCUCAAGAUAUUUCAAAGUCAUGAGGCUACCUUUAGGUUUCUUUUCUAGAGCACCUAAUGCUGAUUUAUUAACAGGAAAUGAGAACAUAUUUACAAUUGAUGUACCAUUUAAUUGGAAGUUUUUUUUUCAUGAGACCUCAACAAUUGUUCUUAUGCAUGCAAGACGGGCCGCACUUGGUGACCAAGAUUCGUAAUCGUCUCUUGUCUGAUAUUUCCACUUUGCACAUUAAUAAUGAUUCUAUUGAUAUUAAUCAUUUACUUGAUUUAGUUGAAAGUCAUCCAAAACUUGAUCAUGAUUUGGUUCGAUCUGAUAUUAUGCUACAUGAUAAGCAGAAUUACACUUCUUGCUUAAAAAUUACGUCAGGUGACGUUUUAACUUUAUUAAAACAAAUGAAUCAUCGAGCAACAUACAUUUAUUUAUACGUGCUAAAACUCAUUAUACUUGCUUAUGUUAAAACAAAUACAGAUAUACUUUCUAGAUUAUAUUUUGGUUAGGUUGUUGUGUUUUCAUACAGAAUUUGGUGGUAAAAACUAAAAAUCAGUUUAACUGUUCAUUUCGAAACUGUUUUUUAAGUGUAGUAUUCGAAUCGAUAAAAAUUUAAUUCUCAAACAGAAAAAGAUAAUUCUUUUAUCACACGAGCCGCUUGGCUUUCUUCUGAAAUUAAUGUACAUACUUUAACAUUUAUCAUUUUAUUAGUUCGCAAAGGAACUUUACUAUCAUAUGCCCUCAAUUGUUAUCUAUUUAGCAAUCAACCAGGCGAAUCAACGUUCCGUACUGGUCGAUCUCUAUCAGGAUCUUUAUCAACAAUAACAACAUUCUCAAUAUAUCAGUUUAUAAAUAAAGUUGCAAAAAUCUCCCAGUUGAAUCAAAUAAAGUCAACAGAAAAAUCUAAUAAUAAUAAAUCUUCUUUGAAAUUUCGAAGACAUCAGAAAUAUCGUCGUGAUGAAUCGAAUACAUCUGCAACUACUCAAGACAUAUCAACAGUUACUAUACAGGAUAUAGAAAAUAUAAUAAUAAAGGCUUAUGAAAAAGCAGAAUCAAUCAUGAAUAAUUUUCAAUUAAUAGAAGUCUUGAAUCAAUCCAAUUUAAAUGAUAUUUAUAAACUUAGUUCAUUUGUACUUCAUGAACUUAAUAAAAGAUCAACAGUUGAUCAUUCAGUUAUUAACAGUUAUGAUGCUUAUGAUAGUUUAGAUAACGACGAUGAUGAUGAUGCAAUCGAUCAGUCUCACGAUAAUGAUUUAGUUGAAUGUAGUGAAGAUUCAUUUGAUGAACAAGAAGAAUGUAUUGACUUUAGUCGAAAGGAAAAAUGUCGAAUGGAUAAAUGUCGAAUACGCAAUGUCGAAAAGAAAAAUGUCGAAAAGUAUAAAUGUCAAAAAGUAAAAUGUCGAAAA